AUGGAAAACCUCCUAGAUAAUAACUUUGAGCUACUAGCAAGCGAGCUAUUUGACGUUCCUAGGGAUAGUGGAGUAUCUUAUCUACAGAUUGGUACCUCUUAUAACAAUAAUAACAAUAAUAACAAUAAUAAUAGUAACAAUGGGCGUAAUGGAGGUAAUGGAAGUGCAAGAGGUAGCCAACAACUUAUCCAACAACCAUCUCAACAUGUAAGAAAUUCCAGAAGUGAUUCACUACUUAGUGACGUUAAAAGUUCGAAUAUAGGAGUUUCUUCCGUAGAUGGUUCUCUUGUGGAUUUUAAUAGUAUUAGGAACGUUGAGAACUCUUCAAAAAUUGGGAUUUCCGGUCAUAUUAUUGAGAGAUCAAGUGGAAUGGGAAUAGAACAUACUAACAAUGUUGUUGAUGAGCUUCGAGGAUUUAAUAUUACAUCAAGACAUUCUGGUAGUCGUAGUUUUGGCCGUAUAGAAGAUACAUACCUUGAUUUAGAUGGUUCUAUGAACCGUAGAUCUUCUGAUACAUUUAGUGAUGUGUGUGCUUAUCAACAGCAGAAUAAUCUAGGUAAUAAUAAAAACAAUGGUAAUGGUGUUAUUCAUUCAAGAUGCCUUAAUGGUUCCUUUUCACAAAAUUCACACUUAGGUACAUCGGGAGGCACAACAAAGAUAUCCAACUGUAAUAACAAUCAUGGCAAUAACUUCCUAGAUGAUCAAAUUGAGUUUGAGACAGAACAUCAUAUUCAGGGACUAAUUGGCAGAUACAACUCUAUGUGUAUUGAUGACCAAAUUUUGAAAAUGGGUACCUACUCUAAUUGUAUUAAUAAUAAUAUGAAUAGUGGCAAUGUUAGCACUAAUUGCACUGCAUUUGAAGCCAACUCUCUGAACAAUAAGAACUCUAAUAAUAAUGGGGUGAAUGCAAAUGUAGAUGUAUUUCUUCCCCAAAUUGAAUACUGUAAUGUGGGAACUAAUAGCUCUACGAUUGGUAAUGGAUUAUCUCAUGAAAUAGGUUGCAUAGAGAGAGAUUCUACAGAAUGUUACAGAGCUCACCAAAACUAUAUUCAGAGAAGAUUUGCAAACGGUGAUUUUGGGACCUGUAAUAUGACCAAUACUACCACCGUUUCAUCAGAGCCAUCAUCUUUAUCUGGCGUGGCAACUCCUGGGAGUGCAUCUCUCAAGAGUGCCAACUCUACUGACGCACUUACUCAAAGAUUUAGAAACUCUUCCAAUAUAAAUCUUAGCUCUUAUGACAUGGCAGAUAUACAAGGGUCAAAUGGAAUAAAUUUUGACAAGUUAUCAACAGGUACAAUAGGUAUUAAUGGCUAUUCAAAACACUUAAAUACCUUAUCAAUGGAUGAUACCGGAAUUCCUCUUGAAGACCUGGUUUCAGAAAUGAACCCAAAUGGAAAACUAAGAUUCAGAAAAAGCAGUGGUUCUAAUUCAAAUUUAUCAAAUCCUACACCAUUGAUGGGGAGUAUGAACACAUCAGGAAGAGGAAUUAUUGGAGGUAGUGUAUGUAGCAGUGGAAGCAGCAGUUGCAGCACGGGAGUUGGAGGUAGUACUUGCAGUGUGGCUGGUAAUACUGGCAGUGCAUAUGGAAUGAAAAGGUCAUCAAAAAGUAAUUCACUAAUUCAUUCGGGUUUUAAUUCUAAUAGAAAUAAUUCCUUAAUUAUUGAUGAAGAGGAUAUUUAUCCUUCAAUUGGGCACUUCGCAUCACUUGGGUCUUCCAGCUCGCAGUUACUUGGUGUCAUGAAUAGCGUGAAUAACCAACCUGAAGGCUUGGUUAAUAAUUUUAAGUCGAGAUCUGGCUCUGCGAAUACUGAUUACAUGUGCAGAAAUGGAAUUGAUACUUCACCUUCUAUUAAAGGAAACUACAUUUCUUAUGGGGACUCUAUUAAUGGAUUAGAAGGUAGACAUUCAUCCCAUCCAGUUCUUAAUAGUGGUGAUAUUGGAGGCUCAUUUGAAAUGGACGGUAAUGUAAGUCAGUUUCAAAAUAUGUUUAAUAGAUUGAUGGAUGAAAAUAAUGGCUAUAGAAUGGAAAGUUCUAUACAAGGAAUUGAUGAAGUUGAACUUAGAGGUGAAGGUAAAUCAUAUUGGCAACAUACCUCACCAUAUAAGUUCUCUUCCUCUCAAGGACUUGUUGACUGGAAAACUCAACAUCAGCUUUCUAAUUUUGAAAAGAAUGAGUUUCUCGAUGAUUUUGGUUGUGAUAUUCCUUAUAACAGCUAUUUGGUAAAUCGUGGUCAACAACUUAGACAUAAAUAUUUUGGUCAACAAAAACUUUAUGGAUUCCCCUCCAAUGGAAAUAAUAAACAGCAAAAGCAUUUAAAACAACGUAGUGGUGUUUCUCCAAAUAUGAACAGUUUUGAUAACAAUCAGAAAACAGCAAGCACUUAUCGAAAUGGAAAUUUACCUCUAAUAUAUAAUGAGAACAAUUUACUUAGAUGUGAAUCUAAUAUCCUACGCCAUACAAACCGAACGGGAAAGAAGAAUAGUAGUGGUAGUUUAAGUGGUGGUAUGCCGAAUAUGUCUUUGAAUCCCAACAUGAAUAUUCAGAACCUGAAUAACCAGGGAUAUGUUGGUGUAAACCAAGGACAACUCCAAUACUGUAGGAAAACUUGCCCUCCUAAUUGCACAAUACCUACCCAUAUUAAUGGAAAUAUGUUUAGGAGAAAGUCUGGUUCAGGAAUUAUUCCAUUUAAUGGAAACCAAUUAGGAUUGGGAAAUUCUGUAGGGGUGAUUAAUAAUGGAGCAUCAAGGUCUUUAAAUGACUUGUCGUAUUCUGGAAUAUCCAAUAUGCCUAUUUCCUCUCUAAACAACCAGAACUACUCUAAAAAGACUCUUGAAGAUGCCCAAUACAACAAGAACAACAGAAAGAAUGUACCUAAUCACUUUAAAAAUACUAGCACCGCUUCUCAUUCAUGUAACUCAAACAUGACUGGUGGUAUGGCAGGUUUUGGUAAUAUGAACAUUCAAAACAAUUAUCCAAGUAUUGGUAGUUCUUUUACCGGUGGUUUGAGUGCAUCAACUACAGAUAUUAAUAGUAAUGAUGCAUCUCAGAAUGGACUUACACCAUCUACAAUCGCUGCUUUAUGGGCAAAAGCAAUGAGCAAGACCGGUGGGAGAACUGGAUUUAGUAAUAGAAAUAAGCAUACUGGCUCAAGCUCUGUUCCAAAUAAUGGUGAGGCAAGUACUAAUAACGUCACAAACUCAAGUUCAUCUGCAAAUCUAACUGAUUCUAAAAGUGGAGCAAAUGAUAUUAUUACAUGUGCUCGUUUCUCCUCAUUCUUAAGAAACAAUUCUGGGAGACUUCAUUGGCUGAGAGUUAUGUAUCAUUAUUUGGACACUGUUGAUGCCAAAAAAAUUCGUGAAACUAAUAAGGGAGAUAAUCUUUGUAUGGUUGCAGUUGAUGAUAUUGCAUUAGAGGCGGUUUCAAGAUCAUUUGAUCCUUCAGAAUGCGCAUACUGGUCUGAGCCGGAAAAUGGAGCUUUCGUACAUAAAAAUAUUAGGCUUGCUGUUGCUCAUAAAGUUGGGCAUAGAACUGUCUCAUCACCACAAAACUAUGUUAAUCAGAUACUUACAGCAUCAUUAGAUCAUAAUGUAUCUAUUUUACUAAAUACUUUAAGAGCUAUUGAUGAUCGUGUUAGAUGGAUGUCUACUGUUGUUAAUAGUAAGAAUGGUGGAUUAAAUAUUGACAUUAAAUCGAACAAAGGCAAUCCAUGCGUUACAUCAACAGAAGGGGACUGUAAUCAAAGGAACUCCGAUUCUAAAAGCAUUGUUGAUUCUGGCUAUACAAUAACGGUUAAUGGGAAUGCUACAUCCAUCUCAAGUUCUGGAAACGCUUUAAGUGGUAUUGAGGAAAGCGCAAAUGAUUCAAACCCUAACCUUUCAAACUCUACGAAAAACUUCCCAGGAAGAGUUUUCACUGUUGGAGUUAGAGAGGCAAUGAGAUGUUUGAGACACAAAAAACUAAAAGCUCUUAUUGUUGCUCCUGAUAUAGAAGGAGAUGGGGUUGAAGGAAGUUUAAGACACCAUGUAAUACAUAUUCUUCUACAAGCUCAGGAAUUAAAUAUUCCAACCAUAUUCGCCCUUAAUAGGCAUCGUAUUGGAAGAGCAAUGGGAAAACACAUGAGAAUGAGUGUUUUAGGCCUUCUUUCAAUUAGAGGCGUAGAGAAACAGUUCCAGGCAAUUUCUCACACUGCUCAACUAUUACGUAAACUUUACCAUUUUUGCAUAGAGAAUAAUUUACCUCCGACUGAGGAAACAUUCAAGAAACUUUCCUCUUCUGUAAACAUUAACUAA